GUCAUAAACAAUCAACCGAAGUUCCGAACGUUAAAAUGUGUUGUCGUUUAUUUGUCACGUAAUCGAGUCGCGCGCUCACGCCGUCGAAUCUAUAAUCUAUAGAUUAUAAUCUUUUAUCUUUGAUUCUGAGACGCCGCCGUCACUUAUCAGCCUAUUUUUCGGCCUAUUAUAAUAUUAUAAUAUCAGUCGCGGACUAAGAUAUAAUAUAUAUAAUUAUAUCUUAGUCCGUGAUAUAAGCUUCUUCGAAAUUGUACGGACGGACGCGGUACGAUACGACGUAUUGAUAUUACCUAUCAUUAUUUUAUUUCAUGUUACGAUGUAUUUUUAAUUUUGAGUAAUGUCGUUAUUUUGUUAUUACUUGUUGAUGGGAAGAACCGCAACAGUUAUCUUUAGUCAAAAUAUAUAACUAUAGUUGCCGGUUGGCCACGGUCGAACGAUCACCACGUAACUACGUGUUUAAUAUACCUAUAAAGAAUAUACAAAAGCAUUCACUAUGGCAAAUCCGAUAGUAUCAAAAAACAUUGCUGAUGACGUUAUAGAGGCACCUGGUGGUAAGAGGAAAAUGUCAUCAGAACAGAUUAACGUCAUAAAAAAGCCUAAAGAGAGCAAAAAGCUACCGAACAAACUGUGCCAGUGUCCCCAAAAAUGUUCAGUACGUAUACCGCAGCAAUCUAAGGAUGAGCUGUUAAAAAUGUUUGUAGAAAUGAACAGCGAAGAAGUGCAAAAUACAUUUUUACUGAAGAUUAUUAAGGCUCAACCUGUUGCCAAUCGAUUGUUUAGUAAUGAGAUAUCUAAUGGUAAACUAUUAAGAAGGAUUCAUUGCAAGUACAGAAUACCUUAUAUUGUAUCAGAUGAUUUGAUAUCAAAUAUAAAUAGCGACUCUGACGAAGUUGAAGAAUCAGACUUUGAUGAAACAUCUUCAGGGGCAUCUUUGGAUUCCAAAGACGAGAAUGACAAGUCUUUAGAAGGUGAUUCAAUGGAAGUAUCAAGAAAGUUAUUAAAUCAUUUCAACUGUGUGGAUGUUUGUCAAAAAGCAUUUAUCAAUCUGUUUGGUUUAUCAGAUAAACGUUUAAAAACUGUUAGAGAGUUAUUGAUAGCUAAAGCUCGUCGAAAAUACAUGAAACGUAUGAUGGAAAAAGAAGAAAACCAAAUAGAAGUAUCUUUAGCUAAGGGUCUGGCAGAGAGUUGUUUGCCGUUGAUAGGACUUUUUAACACCGAAGACAGAAAAAUAGUAUCUGAUCAGUUGUUGACUGCUAUCAACAAUGAUAUCAAUUUAGUAAAUAACUUCUUUUACAAUCAACUAUGGAAACCAGAGUACUUGCAAUAACCAUAUUUAGACCACCUGAAUGAAUAUAAAUUAUUUUAAUACAUAUUUUGAUGAUUUUUAAAUGUAAUUUAUUGAAUUAGUAUCUUGCUUAAAUCAAUUUCAUGUGCUAUUUAAUUACAAAUCCAAUUUCAUAUUGUUCUGAAUUCCUGGGAUUUUGCUUAUUGUAGAUUUUUAUAAUAUUGUACUAGUUAUUUAAUGUAAUUUACGACUGGGGUUGUUAAAAUAUUGUAACCAGGAUUAAUAAAAGAAGAGUGUUUUAACACCCAAUACACCCCCAAGGCUAUAUGUGCCUGGUUUAACUAUUAUUUGUUUUUAAUUACUUAUUUUGGCCUGAUAAUAUAUUUUUAAUGUUAAUUAAAUAUAUUUAAUUAAUUAUAUCACUACAAUGUAUAUUUUAUUUAUUUGUUUAUUUGACACCAAAAUUAUAAUAAGAUUACAAAUAAAAUAUGUAUAAUUACA